AUGGACAACCAGAACCAAGACUACGACCAGAACGCUGCUCAAGAUGCCGGCUACGCAGCCGGCCGCGCUGAGGGCGACUACAGCGACGCCCGCCAAGACGUCCGCCAAGACGAGCAACGCGUCGAGGACGUGCCUGGCGACGUCGCCCGUGAUGCCGAGCAAGGCGUCGACAACGGUGUUCGAGAUGUCGAGGACGUGCCAUCGGAUAUCGGCAGUGCCGUGAAGGGUGCCGCCGAUUGGAUCGGCAGCAAGGUCGGCGGGGUUGAGGGCGAUGCCAACCGUGCCGAGGGCGACGUGAACAACUUCGACAACGGUGUCGACCAGAGCUACGACCAGGGUCAGCAGCAGGGAGAGAGCCGAGGUGGAUGGUAA